CUCGAAUAUUUGCUUCCCUAGUUGAUUCUUUAUUAAGGCAUUUUGUACUCAAUUUUCUGCUAACAUUAUUAUUCUUAUCAUUAUUGUGCAUGAGGGACUAUAAAUCCUCUCCUUCAAGUUCAACGAUUCAUAAUUAUUGGUGAAAAAUCUCAUCAUUGACUUUGUGUGAAUACAAUACAACCUUAAGUGUAUAGGAGCAUAGGUUGUCUUAGAAGCCGCGAAAAACCUCAAGCUACUGUUUCAAUGGAUGAGGGAUGUAAGGGAGAAAUAAUUCAAGGCCAAACCGUGACUAAAGAUGAUGGAUCAUCAGGCUUCUGGAGCAGCAGCACUUUUGAAAAGGAUCAUAGUGAAGCUCGGUCGCGGAGAAGUGUUUCUUCGAGUGGAAUAACGAUGAGUAUUUCUUCUGAUCUUCAAAGUAGUUCGAGCAGUCAAAUUAGUCCUCCUGAAUCUGUCAACCAAGGGCUUGUUCAAUGGAACCAGAUAAGGCAACAAUGGGCUGGAAAUAAAAGGUCUGAGAGACAGACAGUAGCUAGAGAACCACGAAUAAGUUCUAAUGCUACCUAUGAAGAUAUACUUGGGAAUAACAAGCCUUUCCCCCAACCUAUCCCUCUAAGAGAAAUGGUUUAUUUUCUUGUUGAUAUUUGGGAGCAAGAGGGUCUAUAUGAUUGAUUGAUAAAGCAAAAUAGACAUUUCUUCAUUCUCCUAUUGGAUGGAUAAUUGUAAAUGGUGUAACUCUUGCAAACUAUUUUGAUUUUAAUUACUUGGUAACAAGAAAUUUAAUCAAUGUAAAGAAUUAGUUUUUUUUAGGAAGUAGUUAAAUUACUUGUUAACAUCGAUUAUUAUAUGGUUUCAGUUAUUGAUUUUAACGGAUCAAGUUGAUCUCA